ACGAGAACCUGCAAACAGAAUGGGUAACGUCUGCGGGAUUGCAGCAGACAAGCACGAAAAAGUUUGCCGGACGCAGGAAACAGCUUGUACGAUUACGUUGAGGAGCAUUCCGUUAUAUUCGAUGAUCUCAUGUGUUCACACCGGUACAACUCAAGUUAAAUAAACAGAGAUGGCAGUACAACUUGCUUCAACUCACCAGAGACACUGUAGCAUAAGAUGCAUCGCGGACGAUCAAAUCAAACACUGUGCGCAGCAGACGGCCGUGAAGGUUCCGACCUGGGCAAACUGCACAGGGGGUGAUUCAGCUGGACGUUUCAACGCCUAGAGUCUCGAGAGGCACCCGAUAGAUAACUAGAUCUCGGGUGACUGUCUAUAAACGGAACUGAGAGACCACUUUGACUCUUGGGGAGCAGCUGAUAAACUAGCUCCUUUGUGGAGAAUGUGUUCCGAGCAGAUAAGAACCGAAGCGGAACUCCCUGAUACAAAUAAUCCGGUCGCAGAAACGACUCCGAGGGCCUCUCAGUGCGAGGGCCGUUGCUUACUCGCCAUUGGAUGAGAAGCCGCAGCAGGGAGAGAAAGCAGCCGACAAUGCCUCCACGAAGUUUCUUUCCCGAAGAACUCAACUUGUCUUUUUCGUCGAACUCAGGAGCUUUAUCGCCGUCGGCGGCCAGACCCCCAUCGCGCAUCAGAGGGAUGGUCACCCCCCAGAGAAUGCCUACCGCCAAGAGCCCUAAAAUACGAGCGCAGAAGGGAGAUAAAGUGUGAACGUCGUUUACUGGAUCAUUGUUGCACCGGUCUUCUCCCGGCCACCGUGUUAUACGUGCACUAAGUUUAGCUCUUGGAGGUCCGCUUUACCGGAUCUCCAAGACUUGGUGCGUUGUUCAUGACCACAGACACUGGGUUCUCCCCGUGGCUUGUUCGAGGUUUCGGGUGCCGCGAAAACUUUCCAAAAGCUCUGGUCUUCCCCGUGAACGUCUUGUUCCGGUCGUCACACCAGUGGGGAAGCAGGCGAUCCAGUGCUUUCUACGUCCGGGAAAGCCUCUCCGCUUGCACGAGAGAUUCUUCACUAGAAUGGCAACACUAGUAGACACUUCAGUCAUCUUAUUGUCAGUGCUUUCUUAAAUUCCCUUGAACCCUUUGAUUAGGGUGUGCACAGCUCUCGAGAUACCAGUGAACCGUGUAACCUGAGUAAAUGCUGAACCGCAUCACGUAAGGUCCGAACGCAUAUGUGGAGCAUCUCCUCGGAACCGCUCAGAUGGAUACCAGCAAGUACAACCAGACCGCAUUCGGGGUUCAGCAAGUGUUCAAUGUAUCGACAGGGUGAAUCCGCGGUAGAAGUUCUACAAACGCGUCGCCGGGAUCCGCCAUUCCGCAAAAACUACAAAGUUUCGCCCGUUUUUUAAUCCGAUUUACAGGAGCUAAAACGACGUACUCGAGUCCCGAUAGCGCUGUGUCUGUCACUAGUCCAGAUGUGAACUGACGAUUCAGGUUCUCUUUCUGCAAGCAGCCAACAUCAGAACUUGAGAGUCUCACCUAGAAUCAUACUUCCUCGUGGGCGCGUGUUGUCUUCUGGAAAGGUCUUGUCCAGGAGGCGUGACCUAAUAAAACUCGAAGGCUUUUCCUGAAGGACGCCCUUCUUCAUGUCACACCGUCGACGCAGAGAGAGUCCAGCGACAAAAACACCGAGAAAAAACCAUUCACGUGGCUGUUUGUGUCUUGCAAUCGUGUCAGAGCUGUUACCCCUAAACCGUAAUAUCGACAUCAAGUCGCAAAGAGGUGAAAAAUCGGGGCAAACAUCCUCCACCACAGAUCCCAGAGUUCCUUCAGAGCCUAUAUAAGCUGUUCUUCACGUGCAUUUUUCUGUCUGGGCUGUACUUAAAAGCACGAGCAGCGAGAGAACCCUUCCGUGCCGGCACAUUGAGCAGCUGAGCAUUUCCUGACAGCAGCCGAGACGGCCGUUUUCUCAACCAUGUUUAACGGCCACCUUUCGUGAGGAUUCAGACGCGAGCGAGGAAGGAAAGUGCUGACAAGUUUCUCGGGUUAUUUGUUUCCCAACGGGUGAGAUGCUCGCGAAUUUCCCCUGUUGCCCUCUUCAGGGCAGGCGAUUUUUGCAUGCACCACUCUGAAAAACCAACUCACACCCCGGUCCUCCUUCUCCAGUUUCUCCGACGCCAGCGGUUCCGGUGGAAAGCUCGCGCGUUUUUGUCGCGUGUCUUCGUUCCACUUCUUCCUGCUUCGUUGUCUCCCGCUUCGAACAUUCCUUUUCCCGGGACAGCGGAGGAAAGUCCCGCGAGUUCAGACGUCUUUGUCCUGCAGCCACAGAGUCGUCGCUGCCCUUCUCCGCCUUCUCGUUUGUGUAAUUGGCAGCGCUCCCGUGGCAAUUGGUGGACUUCUACGCGGCAGUUCUUCGACUUUCUUCGCCACGUUUCUUCUCUCUCAGCCAAACCGAAAGAAGUUACCGCUCCUUUGCCCGUUUCUCGCGUUUGACCGCGUGUGUCACGCGUCCCUCCAUGUGUGUGUAGCGUCUUGUGUCUCUUGUACUCCCCCCAACAUCUUAACUCGUCGACUGGCCACUUGUUCUUUUUUCCUCGGGUUCCCCCGUUUUGUUUCACUCUUUAGCGUGGAGACGACUCCACGAGGAUACAGUCCCUGGCGGAAGAGACAUCCCCCGUUUCCAAGCUCUCUUCCCUCGUUUCCAAGUUCGCAGACGCCAUGGCAGGAGACGGCGAGUACAGCUUCAGCCUUACCACUUUCUCUCCCAGCGGAAAGUUGGUGCAAAUCGAGUACGCUCUGAACCGCGUGCAGCAAGGCGCUCCAGCGUUGGGAAUCAAAGCCAAGAAUGGAGUGGUGAUUGCCGCAGAGAAAAAGCUGACAACGCCCCUCAUCGAAGAGUCUUCUGUUCGGAAAGUCGAACACUUCACCCCGAACAUCGGCUGCGUUUGCGCCGGGAUGCCUGCGGACUAUCGUGUCGUCAUGAAAAAGGGCAGAAAAGAGGCUGCUGCGUACAACUUGUUCUACAACUCUCCCAUUUCCGUUAGCCAGCUGGUUCAAGAUGUAGCGGCUGUGAUGCAGGAGUACACGCAGUCCGGAGGUGUUCGACCUUUUGGUCUGUCUCUCCUUGUUGCUGGAUACGACGAGUACGGCCCUCAGUUGUACCAGGUGGAUCCGAGCGGUGCAUAUUUCGGCUGGAAGGCUUCUGCAAUUGGCCGUGACAUGCAAAACGCCAAGACCUUUCUGGAAAAGCGGUACAACCCAGACAUCGAGCUGGAAGAUGCCAUCCACACGGCCAUCUUGACGUUGAAGGAAGGAUUCGAAGGCGCGAUGAACGAGCACAACAUCGAAAUUGGUGUCGUAGGCGAAGACCGCAAGUUCCGCAUCCUGACCCCCGCGGAAAUCAAGGACUACUUGGGAGAGGUUGAGUAAUGCAGGAAUUUUAGAGAGUCCUGCUGGCCAUAUGCGUUUCUAAAAACGGGUUCUCGCGCCGAAGUGCCUAUCUGGUUUCGUUGCGAGGAGUAUGAAUCUGAGUCAUCCAACGGCAGUGCUUGUUUCUUCAAUUUUCGCUGCGAGCGAAGCCGCCCUGCCAAGUUCCCAAAACGUGUGCUUUCCCUUGGGUUCACCGCGAGAAAAGCAGAAAAAAACAAGAGUGAGCUGAAGUCAUGGCUCAACCCCUUGUGGUCACCGACUCUAGAGAACCCGCCUGUCCGGCUUUCCAGAUACGCAUACUCAAUCCAUUGUCUGGUGGCUGACAAAAACAACGGCACUUGCAACAGUGUAGCCUUUCUUCAUUCACGCUCCACAUCCACGGAACAAGGAAAUUACCAGACGUCCCGUCAAAUGUCUGGAGUGCCGGUGCGACAAGGACGCGGGAAAGUUCAGGAAAAGUUGCGGGGUGCAGAACAGAGCGUGGCAGCAGGCACAACAGAAAAGCAGAGAGAACUUCGCUGUAACAGAGAUCGAAAAACUGGCUGGUGUGGUGAUGGUAAAGUAGCAGAGCGGUACAUCGAGCACGAUCAGAUGUCGGAAGAUACAGCGGACCAAGUUCUCUAUUAUUGUUGUACACCACCACUUCACUGGAUUGUGUAGGACAGCUGAAAGCGUUGAAUUUCAAUCCAAGCAGCAAGUAGUGCGGGAAGAAAAUCAGCACAAUGUUUUUUCGUAGGUGGGGAUCAUGCACGGUGUAAUUCACCCACACACGCACAAGAAUCUGCUACCACUGGACAGCACAGUUGCCCCUA